CCUACCCAUUCACUAAACCAGCUCAAAUCACAUUUGUGUGUUUGUGGUUGGAUUGACUACUCUAUUCUCUUUUCUACCAUACGUCUUAUACUCGAAUUUCAUCCAAAACCAGUUCAAAUCGCAUAUCCGCUUGUCUGUAUUCUCUGUAUGUAUGUAAAAUACAAUAUAUAUAUAUAUAUAUAUAUAUGUGCGUGUGUGAAUAGUGACUGUGUCUCUGUAUGUAAAAUAGUUAUACUUGUUGUCGUUGCUGCUGGCAGAAUUAGUCGGAGCUGUUUUUCACAGGAAAAGAAAAGAAAAGAAAAUGUUGUCUUCGACUGAACACCCUCGUGUCAUCACCUGCAAAGCGGCGGUGGCAUGGGGAGCUGGAGAGGCUUUGGUAAUGGAGGAGGUGGAAGUGAGCCCACCCCAUCCCAUGGAGAUUCGGAUAAAGGUGGUUUGCACCUCCCUCUGUCGCAGUGAUGUCACCGCUUGGCAGUCUCAGGCACAUGCUUCAAUAUUUCCUCGGAUUUUUGGCCAUGAAGCUUCAGGGAUUGUUGAGAGCGUGGGGCAAGGAGUAUCUGAAUUUGAGCAGGGGGACCAUGUGCUUACGUUAUUUACUGGAGAAUGCAUGAGCUGCAGACAUUGUACCUCUGGUAAAAGCAACAUUUGCCAAGUACUGGGUUUGGAAAGGAGAGGUGUAAUGCAUAGUGAUCAAGGGACACGCUUCUCAGUAAAAGGGAGGCCCAUCUAUCAUUACUGUGCGGUUUCAAGUUUCAGUGAGUAUACAGUUGUGCACUCUGGAUGUGCUGUCAAAGUCAGCUCGGUUGCACCUCUAGAGAAAAUAUGUCUUCUUAGUUGUGGAGUGGCAGCAGGUCUGGGUGCAGCUUGGAAGGUUGCUGAUAUAGCUGGAGGCUCAACAGUUGUCAUUUUCGGUCUUGGAACUGUAGGCCUUGCUGUUGCCCAAGGUGCCAAACUAAGGGGAGCAUCUCGAAUAGUUGGUGUGGAUACUAAUCCUGAAAAGAGUGAAAAAGCAAAGGUUUUUGGAAUAACAGAUUUCAUCAAUCCACAUGACUAUGAUGAACCAAUUCAACAGGUUGUGAAGCGUAUUACUGAUGGAGGAGCAGACUACUCAUUCGAAUGUAUAGGAGAUACAAGAAUGAUAACUGCUGCUUUACAGUCAAGUUGCGAUGGAUGGGGACUGGCUGUUACCCUUGGUGUACCAAAAGUGGAGCCAGAGGUAUCAGCUCACUAUGCAUUAUUUCUUACUGGGAGAACAUUGAAGGGAUCACUACUUGGAGGGUGGAAGCCAAAAUCUGAUCUUCCUUUGUUAGUGGACAUGUAUUUAAGGGAGGAAAUCCAGAUUGAUGAGUUCAUCACCCAUAAUUUGUCAUUUGAAGAAAUUAACAAAGCAUUUGAUCUUAUGAAGGAAGGGAAGUGUCUGCGCUGCGUCCUCCACAUGCCAAAGUAGUAGUGUUCUUGUUUAAUUAUAAAGGGGACAAAAAAGAAGAGUAAAAGUAGUAUACCAGCUUAAGCUGGGUGAAGUGAGAAGGAGACAUUUGCUGCUGCUGCUUUCUGAAGGAUUAGUUGCAGGUUAAUAAUGCUACUUUUAUCAUAUAGUGCAGGAGUGUCCAAUACUUGCUUGUUCAUCAAAUUGAGUGUCAUCCACGAGACCAAAAAAAGAAAAGAAAAAAGAAGUGUUGAUUAAUGUGUUCAACAAGUUAUCAUUGGUGGCAAAUGAGAUUAUUAUUAUUAUAUUGUUUAGGGAAAAUACUUCAUAAAUUCAUAUUUCCAUCCCUAUAAGCCAUUAAGGACAAUUGUGAUUCUAUUGGGAACAUAAGGACAUUUGUUGGUCAAAAGUCUUUUUGUUCCAUAAA